AUGGCAGCAGCGUAUGCAGGCUUACCUCACGGUUGCCAGGUGUCAGGGAAAGGUCGGACUGCAUCAGAGCUCCUGGAAGAAGUGCCAGAGGGUUGCUGUGUAAACGCUUAUGGGAUGCUCCAUCAGGUAACUGCUUGUAACUCCAUCUCUUUCUCUGCAGCCUUGUCCUUAGGGGUCACCAAUGCAUCAACCUCGGAUCCUGGACAGGGCACCGGGGGCCGGGCAUGGCCUGUGCUGGUAGGGGUUGUGCUGGGGGCGGUGGUCCUCUCCGUACUCAUAGCACUCGCUGCCAAGUGCCACCUCUGCCGCAAAUACCGUGCCAGCUACCAGCAUCGCCCGCUGUCCGGAACAGGAGUUGGGAACCGCCCACAGGUGGGUGAAGAUGAGGAUGACGACGGCUUCAUCGAGGACAAUUACAUUCAGCCUGGGGCUGGUGAGAUGGAGACUACAGGAAGCCGGGACCACUUCUCUCUAUAAGUCCCAUCUUUGGACACUUCCCUCCAUGCCUGGCAGUUUAAAGACAGUGACACCUCAAGUCUCAGGGUCAGAAUUCGCUAGUACCUAAUGCUUGACCAGGAACCUGUUUUCUGACAUUGGUCGCCAAAGUGACAAUUCUGUUUCUCAUUAACUCUCCGAGGCUCCCUGCUGUCCCAGGAUACAGCCUGACAGUGCAUGAAUGUGGGAAAAGGCCCCUGUGAGCAGACCUCUUGAUUGCCUUUCUUUGACCCCCACUUCCUACUUUACCCACUUCUUGGGCUGCCUUGACACCCCUCACGAAGGCAGCCCUGACCUACAAGUCCUGGGAUUUCACACAGGUCCCAACAGAAGACCGUGCCAAACUUCUUACCGAAUAUUUUUUUCUUUUCAAUAAAGUAUAUGACUUGGUUAUAAUAUAUCAUGUUUUUCACAGUAAUUAAUAAAUCUAUUUUAAUGUUG